CUGCUGUUUGCUCUGAGUCUUUUCUUGACUUCUUCAGAGUACAAAUUGCUUCCAGCUCAUGUAGAAGGAAAUGCCUCCAGCUAAGCUAUUUUGUAAAGCAAGGGAGAAAGGUAUGAUGAACUGAAGCUUUCCAACACAUGCAGGUCGAGCUGAAUCAUUUUCAUUUACAAAAAGGGCAGCCAGAUGGAAUGCAUCCACUCGAGCCUGAGAGUUUCAGUUUUCUGGCUAUCUGUGCUCCUUGCAGUUUAUGAAAUGAAUGAUUAACUGGAUUUCCAGUAGGAUAGAUUCACAGGCACUUAUGGAUUAAGAUCUGCACCAUUCUUUGAAAAGUGGCUACCACUGUGUUAACCCAAAUUAUCAUCAUCUUGGAAGUUCAUUAAUUACGGAUACACAUUGAGGCCCUGUGCAUACACGAUUUCCCUAGUUAAAGAUGAACAGGAGAUGGUUUAUUACUCUACCUCGGUUCCGAGGGCCCAGGAGUACAAAUAAGUGGUCAAGCUCGGUUGCGACCACUUGCUCCCCUCCUGUCAACUAUGAGUUGCCGUCCAGCACUGAUCAGCCAGUGAAGCAUGUAGACCCUCCGGGUUCGGCAAAAUCAUCCAGAAGUGUUGAAUCACGACGUAUGCCUUCACGGAGUUUGAGUUUAAACCAAGUCAUGGAGGACAGUUGUGAUUUAGAUCUGAUCUACAUCACGGAGCGUAUCAUCGCUGUGGCAUUUGCAGCCAACACUGAGGAGCAAGCUUACACCAACAACCUCAGGGAGGUCGCUCAAAUGCUGAAAUCGAAACAUGGAGACCAUUACCUGGUUUUUAACCUCUCUGACCGAAGACAUGAUGUCAACAAACUGAAUCCUAAAGUGCUGGACUUUUCCUGGCCCAAUCUUCAUGCCCCUGCUUUAGAGAAGAUCUGUAGUAUCUGCAAGGCUAUGGACACAUGGCUUAAUGCUCAUCCCAGUAAUGUGGUCGUCAUUCACAACAAGGGAAACCAAGGAAGGACGGGAGUUGUUGUUGCAGCCUACAUGCACUACAGCAACAUUUCAGCAAGCGCGGAUCAAGCUCUUGACAGAUUUGCCAUGAGGAGGUUCUAUGAAGACAAAGUGAUUCCAGUGAUUCAGCCAUCCCAGAAGAGGUACAUUCAUUAUUUCAGUGGCUUACUUUCCGGAACAAUCAAGAUGAACAACAAACCUCUGUUUCUGCAUCAUGUGAUUUUACAUGGGAUCCCCAACUUCGAGUCCAAAGGAGGUUGUCGCCCUUUUCUAAAAAUUUACCAAGCAAUGCAACCUGUCUAUACAUCUGGAAUCUAUAAUGUCCAAGGAGAUAGUGAGACCAGUGUAUGCAUCACCAUUGAACCUGGACUGCUUCUGAAGGGUGAUAUUUUGCUCAAAUGUUAUCACAAGAAGUUCCGGAGUCCGGCAAGGGACAUCAUCUUCCGAGUGCAGUUCCACACCUGUGCCAUCCAUGACUUGGGAAUUGUGUUUAAUAAAGAAGACCUAGACGAUGCUUUCAGAGAUGAAAGAUUUCCUGAGUAUGGAAAGGUGGAAUUCAUAUUCUCUUACGGGCCUGAAAAGAUUCAAGGUAUGGAGCACCUUGAAAAUGGCCCUAGUGUGUCUGUGGACUAUAACACCUCUGACCCACUCAUCCGUUGGGAUUCUUAUGAGAAUUUUAAUAUCCAUCGGGAUGACAGUCUGGAGGAUGUGGCACAUACCCAAGGCCCUCUUGACGGAAGCCUUUAUGCCAAAGUGAAAAAGAAAGAUUCAAACAACGGAAGCACUAGCACUGUCAACGCCAACGGGAUCCCACUCAGUGCUGCACCAAAUCACAUUGAGCACACACUGUCUGUGAGUAGUGAUUCUGGAAAUUCCACUGCUUCUACAAAAACAGACAGAACUGAUGAGCACGUGCAGGUAUCAGGACCAGCAGCAACAGCAGCAACAACAGCAGCACCAGCCAAUCAAGCACUGACUCCAGAGGAGAAGAGGGAGCUUGACCAACUUCUCAGUGGCUUUGGGUUAGAGACAGAGCUGCCAAUGCACAACAGGUAUCCAGGUGCUGCAGUCACCAUAGGAUUACGCCAGGUGGUUCCAGCACAAGUCCAUGUAAAUGGUGAUCCAACAAUUACUACUGCUGAAAGAGAAACAGACAUUUUAGAUGAUGACCUACCUAGUCAGGAUGUGCACAGCAUAGGUAGCUUGGGUACACUGUCAUCAAUUGAGGGUACUGGGACAAUGAAUGAACUGAGUUAUCAUGACACUCCAAGGCUAGAGAGUACUACUUUACUCUCCAGUGAGCCAUCCAGUUACAGUGGGACAGAGAAACUUCACAGGCAUGCACUGUAUGACAUGGAAACCAUGAUUAAUGGAAGCUACAAUUACGACAACAGAAACAUAUCAGGCAGUGGUAUAUUCAAGGAUGGCUACUUGCAGGGAUCAAGAGAUCCAGUGAAGGCCUCCCAUUCUGCUCAAGACCACAUAAAUGACCACAUUCAACAACUUAAUUUCUCAGAGCCUGACUGGAUUCAACAGCAAACACCAGUUGUUCAACAUCAUUCUUAUAUUGUGGAUAAAAAUGGUCUGUGUCGAUCCCAGUCAUUCUCUGCAGCAGAGGCAUCCAAUUCUGAAAUGAGGCCCAAACUUCCACUGGCUCCAACUCGGAGUCUCAGCAGUCGUGAAGCUGUGCAGAGAGGGCUGACAACAUGGCAGCAACAUGGAGGACCCCCUUCUCUCCAACAGGAUGGCAUUCCUGAAAGUGACAGCUUUGUUAUGGCCAUAAGUUCACAGCCCGUUUCAUGGGAAAAUGUUCAUCAGAGUCAGAGCAUGCAAGAGGUCCCCAAGUCAGCAUCACAGAAGGAGAUUGAACAGUCUAUUGAAGCACUAAACAUGCUAAUGCUUGAUCUUGAACCUUCAUUCUCUCACCUUCAUAAGUCUCAGAGUGUGCCACUAACCAGUCGAGUAGAAAGGCCAGCAGCCAUAUCGCCAUCACUGUCUGAUCAACCAGUUUCAAUUUCCUACAGCCAGCCAGUGCAGCCCAGGCCUUCUAAUAAUUUAAGUAUGGUAUCUGAGAGCCCAAGCAGGGUUGUUUAUCCCAUUAAUACCCAAGCUGUAUCCUUCACUGACACACCUGUGGUCAGCGGAUACCAUCCUACAGUAAAAGGCCAAGUGAGCAGUGGCUCUAGGGAACUACCUGAACUUGUGAUGCAUGAUUACAAAGAAGCCUUACUUGACAGCACCCAAACACCACACUUUUAUCCAAGUCAACAAAUUGCACAGCCCCCAGCAGCACCUGUCAGGACCUACAGUCAUGGAGUCGGAAGCAGCUCCCCAUCCCCGCUCCCUUUAACUGCUGUUCAUAGCUCUGCAGGACCACAGCAGCCAGUGAUCACCUCUGCCCCCAUGCCAUCUGUUACAUGUCAGUUCCCACCCCCUGUUAAAGGUGCAGAGAGUUCAGAAUCAACCACUCGCAUCACUGAAGAAGAACAUUACAACCUGGAAGGGCUUGUAGCACACAGAGUUGCAGAAUAUAAUGCCAGGCUGAGGAUGCGAAAAAGUGUGACGUAUCAGCAGCAUCAUCAUCACCAACAUGCUCUUCUUCGUCAGCGAUCCCACACCUUUUCUGGUGUGCAGUCACAUGCAACAUCACCAGAGGAGAGUGUAGUUCCAACCCGCAGACGUACCACCAGUGAGGGCCAAUAUGAAAACAGCACCCAUGAUCCAAGUAGUGUGUCGAGCACAGUGUUACGGUCUCCAGUCCGCUGCAUCUCCCCAGAGUUUGUCAACACCAUUGCAGCUAACCCAGGAGGAAGGCCUAAGGAGCCACACCUACACAGCUACAGGGAGGCGUUUGAGGAGAUGGAUGGAGUGCCACUUUCUCCGACAGCGAGUAGUGGUGGUGAGAACUUUACCCCCACCUUUGCCUUUCCCAUUUCAGCACAAUACAUUUACCAUCUCAUGCCACGCUCACCACCUGGACUUGCAAAGACACCACUCUCCGCUUUGGGACUGAAGCCACACAGCCCUGCCGAUGUCCUGUUACAGCAGUCUAGUUCAGAUGAUGCAGUGGUGAAGAAUCUGGAGGAAGAACCAAGAAGUUAUGUGGAGUCAGUAGCUCGGACUGCAGCUGCAGUGGUAGUUCCUGGUCCUGUAUUUCCAGUGUCCACCGGUUACGGAACAGAGACCUCGCCACAAGAUGGCAUGCAGUCUAAUGCAUUCAGCUCACCAAGUCCUAUUUCAACAAGCAGUCCAGUGCACAGCAUAGAUGGUACCUCACUGCAGAGCUACCCAUCAGUUGAGAGCAGUAUUCCUGUUGCCACAUCUACACAGCCAUUGAUGGAUUCCAGUUUUAGAUCAGCCAGUUUGUCGCAGCCAUCAGUCCUGGACAGCAGCUAUCAGAACAUGUCAAGUCCCUCUAUGCACACAUCAGUUGGCACAGAUGGCUCUAUGAGCAGUUACAGGGGCACAGAUUACCCCAUGGGACCUGGAACUGGCCUGCCAGAUAGUCGGAUGGGUCCUCAAGUAAAUGUUGUAGGACUGCAUACUACUCCAGGGAGCCCACACACCUUGCAUCGAACCGUGGCAACCAACACACCACCGAGCCCUGCCUUUGGAAGAAGAAUGGUGAAUCCAAGCAUCAGCCCUGCCCACGGAAGCCCAAGCAUGAGUCGACAUCAGGUCGCCAUACACGGAAGCCCAUCUGCAGUGCCUGGCAGCCCAAAUCUUUCUCGACAUCAUGGCAUAGUCACUGGGAGCAUACAAGUCCCACAUGGAAGUCCCGUUAUGGAGAGGCAUGUUAUUUAUAACUAUUCAGCUCCAGAAGAGCGACAUCCUCCUUUAUCACUUCAGAACAGCAUGACUGGCUACCAAUCUCCAGCUACACCAACAUUCCCAUUGCCAUCUGUUUACUACCACUCGACUAACAGCCCUGGCAUGGCUUCACCACCUUCUUCAGAUUCUUCUCCCAUGCGACAAGCCAGCCCUGGUCCACAGCCUCUGCUUCCAGAAAAGCGCCGACUUUCUGCUGGGGACAGGUCCAACAGUUUGCCAAACUAUGCUACAGUGAAUGGUAAGACAUCCUCUCCAGUGUCAAGUGGAUUUUCCAGUCCAAGUAAUGCAAGCACGCCAACUGUUGCAUUUCCACAGAGUCUUCCAGACUUCUCAAAGUUUUCAAUGCCUGAUGGAAGCCCUGAGACAAGAGCAAAUGUGAAGUUUGUGCAGGACACUUCAAAGUUCUGGUACAAGCCUGAAAUUUCAAGAGAACAAGCAAUCACUCUGCUCAGAGACAGAGAGCCGGGAGCCUUUAUUAUUCGAGACAGUCACUCCUUCCGUGGGGCCUAUGGUUUGGCCAUGAAGGUAGCAACUCCCCCAGCUACUGCUACACAACAGAGCAAGAAAGGAGACCAGAUUAAUGAACUAGUGAGACAUUUUCUGAUCGAGACCAGCCCCAAAGGGGUUAAACUAAAAGGCUGUCCCAAUGAACCGUACUUUGGUUGUCUUUCAGCACUGGUAUACCAGCACUCCAUCACACCAUUGGCACUGCCUUGCAAACUGGUGAUUCCCAGCCGAGAUCCCAUAGAUGAAGCAAAAGAUGCAAGUGGAACAUCAAACUCCGCGUCAGAGUUGCUCAGACAUGGUGCAGCAUGCAAUGUAUUGUAUAUCAAUUCAGUUGAUUUGGAAUCGCUCACUGGACCCCAGGCAAUUGCCAAGGCAAUUGGAGAGAUGCUAGUUAUGUCAGAGCCACCCCCAGCCACCAUUGUACACUUCAAAGUCUCCAGUCAAGGAAUCACCUUAACAGACAACCAGAGAAAAUUGUUCUUUAGACGCCACUAUCCCAUCAAUUCAGUGACGUUCUGUGAUUUAGACCCACAGGAACGAAAAUGGACAAAAGCGGAUGGAGGCCCUGCGAAAAUGUUUGGUUUUGUGGCCAGGAAGCAAGGAAGUACCACAGAUAAUGUGUGCCACUUGUUUGCAGAGUUGGACCCUGAGCAGCCUGCUGCCGCUAUUGUCAACUUUGUGUCAAAGGUCAUGAUUGGCUCACAGAAGAGAUGAGCCAGUAGAACCACGGGCUGUCGAGAAGGACUAGAGAGUUGAUUCUUGAAUGGGAGAGAGCAAGUGCACCAUGGGAGUGGGAAGUCUUCAGGGGGAUCCCUCGUUUGCUUUAAUUGAAAAAAAGUCAUGGCAUUUUUUUCGGCUGAUUUCCUGUUGAACAGGAUGGUUGGCAAAUGCAGCUGGGUUUUGGAUGUUGAAAUCUUUUGGGCUUUUGGAUACGUUAAGUAUGAUGGCUCUUACGUUAUUGAUUUCUGACCACAGUAAAAAAAAUCUGUGUUUGUUGUGAAGUGAAACAGAAUUGUGACGCACAGCCGUGUUGUUAGAGACAGAAAGAUAUAGCAGUGUUGAAGUUCACUGUAGAUUAAAGUAAUCCAAUCUUCAGUUUACUUCACAUUUUGGUAUAGUUUUAAAAAUAAAAAUUGUAAAUAACGUUUAUAUUAAAUUAAUGGCAUUUUGCAAAAUGCAUAAUGCCUAGGAGCUGUUCAGCUUCAUUCUUACAUAAAAGCACUUAGGCAUUCUUGCAGGCAGUGUAGCCUGCAAUUGUAAGAACCCCAAAAUAGCAAACAUCUACUCCAGCAUGUGUUCCUUAGCAAACACUUGUAAAUAAAACAAAAUGCUUUGAAAAGUAUGAAGCAGAUAAGUAAACUACACUAUUUAGUAUAAUAGGUUCCAGCUGGUAUAAUUGCUGGGCUAAUACUGCCAACACGCAUUCAUAAUUCCACAAAACUGCUUUCUGUUUAUAUGUGUCUCGGUCACAUGAUGUGCGUCAACCAAUCAUAUGUCAGCAUAUCCAAGAGCACAGAGAUUGCAUGUCUUCAAUUCUCUUGUUGAGCUCUUCUUAUAGAAUUGUCUGGCUGGAUAUCAUCAUGGGAUUUUUCAUUAAGAAGCUGCUGUUUUCUUGGCUGAACUUUCACUACUGAAAUGUCAUGAACUGAACAAUGUCUGUGAGGCAACGUGAGACCUCUCCACCCACUAUUUCUGUUAUUUCACAUCACACCCAACUUCUCUGGUCCUUUUCAUGGCUCUGGAAGAAGAUUCAAAUGAAACUGGUGAGAGGACACCACAGCAGUAUUAGCUGGCCUGCUUCUCUGUACCCUUGUGCAUCGUUAAAAAACAUGGCUUGCUCCAACCCUAAACACAGCAAUGCCUUGCAUGUGAACUUGCCUCCGUGUGUAAACAUAACCAUGGCUGGGAUUAGUAUUUUACAUUAGCAGCACAGGAUUUGUCUUGACAAGGUGUGGAAAAAAUAUGUUUGGUUGACAACUAAUGCAUCUUGGCAAGCUUGCAAGGGAUUAAACACCUGCAUGUGUAUAUAUGCACAGAAACUCAUGAUCUUUGUAUUUUCCUCAUAGGCUCAAGAAAGAUUAAGGGCUCAUUUUCUGAUGCUGCAGAUACAUUUUAUUUCAAUAUAUGUCCUGUCUUUGUAGUCAUGGAGCACUGUUUAUUAAUGAAAAUUAUUAAGGAUAUCAUUUACUUAACAGUCAAUGAAUUUACUACUUCAGAAUAUGUUUUUUUUUGUCCAGUUGUGCAGCACUUAGAAGGAGGGCGAGAAGUGAAUUAAUGGUAGCACUAAGUAAACAUAAAUGUAUCUAUACACACAUGCACACAUAUAGUCCAGCAUGCAAGCAUGGUAAGGCAUCAUAACACAGCCCCUUCUGAAUUUUUUUUUGUGGUGCUGUGCUUGUUAGACAAAUGAUGUCUGGACGCACAGUGUCAUUCUUUUCACAAAAUUUAUCUUUGGUCUUCUUCUUCAGUGAUGGAGUUACAUUUUUGCUGAUCUAAAGCACCCUCAAGACUUCAGGCCAGCCUUAACUAGUGAAAGGGGUGGGUGCUAAUGCCAUUUGGUAACAAUUUGCCUGAUCAAAGCACUCUAGAAAUAGUUGAAAUGCUCCAUCCCUGUUAAGUGGAAGUUUUCCUGCCAUUGUUAAAAGAAGCAUUAUCUGAUUUAUGUUUUAUAUAUUAUAUAUAUAUAUAUAUAUAUUAUACUGACAAAAAUAUAAGCUAAUCAAGUAUAAGAAUGGGUAAAUUAAAUAUAUUUAUUUUUACCAUGUUGCAUCACAUCUGUUGCCUUAUAGCAGUGCAUGCACAGACCUUUCUGUAAUGCAGCUGCUGUUUGUUUGGGACGAAAGGGCUGGAUUUCAAUGACAAAGGUAAAUUUGAGAAACUUAUGUUUACAUGAGAUACCAUGUAAUUGACAGAUUUAUGCUGUUAUAUUGCUGACAUUACCCAUGUUUUGGGUCUGCUACAACCGAUUGUAUCAAAUGAAUUGUGUUUGUUCUACUGUGUUUGGAAUUCAUGCACCUUCAAAAGCCCAUGGGUUAGUUGUACUCAGGCAGAGAAUGGGCAUUUUGAGAUAUAGCAUAAAGGGGAAUCAUGUUCUAUGUAAGAGUUGCCUUGUCCUUUAGAAUAUUCUUAAUACCAUCUGUUCAGUCCUGUUCAGCCCAUGUUCUGUGAGGGCUGCUGUUGGCAGUCAGUGGUUCCCUGCAAAAGUACUGAAAGUUAUAGUGUCAGCAAAUGGCAUUACAUAUGUGGGUAUUUUAGACGUAAAACAAAGCAAACCGUUUCUGUUAUGCUCCCCUUUCUAAGGUGACACAACAAAAAAUGACAAGGCCUGCAUGGGAACAUAAGCAUAAGUAAUACCAUCAGCAAAGACUGCAGAGAGAUGGUUGGAAAAACAUGGAAGGAUAUCAGUGGUGUAAUUAUGUGACAGUCAGCUGCUGCUGUGUAAUAUGGAGCAAUGUUACUCAGAGUAAAGAACUAGGGAUCUGAGUCCCCUGCAUUGCUACUGCAGCCUGGCUACAGGAGAGAGAAAGACAAAGUUGUUAACUGCCUGUAUUUUAAUGUUUUUAGCCUUUUCACUGUGGAUGGGAGCAUUGUCUGCACUUUUAAGGCGAUAAUCAGAGGACUGAUAGGGAGUUGGGUGUUUCAUGUAUUUCUAAGAUCAUAUAACAGGUACACAGAGUUGUACUUUCAGCAGCUGUUGCCCAAGACAAACAGCUUUGUCAGUAGGAGGCAGUAUGCCGAAAAUGUGUGAAAAUUAUGCAUUUGUUGGUUACUUUACUUUAUCAGAAAAUGAUACUGACAUGGAUGAAAAUGUUUCUAAUAUGUACCAGUCACUCACACACACAUGCUCUUUCUGCUGCCAAAGAUCCACAGGUUACCUGUGUUCACUGCCCAACAAUUCAUUUUGUAUAUUUGCUUUUUUUCUCUCUAGUCUUAAUGUUUUUUGAAGAAGUCUGUGUAUAUUAUGUAAGAAAAUGUAUAUCCCUCCGUCACCAUGUACCAAAAUGCGUUACAUUUAUUAUUGUGUUUAUUUAAGGGGGAGCAGCAUUCUGGGUAAGUACUGGGGAGUUAAGAACUUCCAGAAGUUUGACAUCCUCGUCCAAGUACUGGUUUAGAGAACAAGACCCAUUAAGUGUCUGCUAACAGCUUUAUACUGGUUUAGUAGAGCCACAAACUCUGGAGUUGAGUUAAUUUAGAAUGAGCAGUACAUUAAAGUGCAAAAAAGAUACCAGAAAUGAUUUUACAGACAUUUGGGGGAGGUGUCAGAACCGUGUCCAUUUUGUAUAUCUUGGUAAUUAUCAGCAGUUGUGUCUGUUGUCUAAGCUGCAGAUCUAUUUCCCCUGCCUACAUCUUAGAAGUGAUACAUAUACUAUUGUUUUACUAUUGUAGGCAAUGUUUAUAUGUGUGUGUGUGUGUGUGUGUGUGUGUGUGUGUGUGUGUGUGUGUGUGCGCUCGUGCAGACACACCAAAAACCUUUCUUAAUGUUUGAAAAUGAGCCACUGAUUUGUGGUAGCAAAAUGGGAUGAAAGAAGAAAGCUGAGGUACAUCAGGCCUGCAUGGCAAUGCUAAACAUCUUGCAGUCGUUGCACAGACUAUGAAAUAACGACCAUAUGAAUGUAUCACUAGCCCUUCAUAAAGCUAUGGAAACGUAGCUGUAAUUAAUUCAUUUGUUAUAUUACAGUCUGUGUAUUGUGAAAGGAAUAUUUGAAUGGAUAAGCAGAACACACAAAGGAUCACCAGUCAUAUGCAUAUGAGUAUGAAAUUACAUACUCAGGUUAUGCACAUCUUGAGUGUCUACUGUACAAUAUAUAGUGUACAUUAUGUAGCAUUUCUCAGAUUGUUGCAAUUUUAAACAGUUAAGUAAUUAGUCGUGAGAAAAAAAAAUGUGUGGCUAGGAAAUUGCUUAUUUAGUUUCAAGAAAUCUUUCAGCCGCUUUAAAAUCUUUAAAAUAUUUGCAGGUGAGGAGGUCCUGCAAAGAAAUAGCCAAUAAUGUGUUCACAAGAUCCAGUGUUAACUGCUUUAUUCUAACACUAAGUUUCAAAGUGUAACCUUAGCAAAGUAGAUCUGAAAGGAUGUUUAACCAUAAAGUAAAGAUCAGAAGGAAAUUAUCAUAUUGCUAAUUUGCAGCUUCAAAAAAAAAAUGCGAAGUAGAGAAACAUGAAACUGUUUUGAAGGCUUACCACAGGAUGGCUUGUUGAUUUAUGGAAAAAUGUGCAGGACUGAAUAAGAUAUUUACUUUACAUAGUGGCUUGACCAGUAAAGUAAAAUGAACUCUCUUGUAUCUUGAGACAUUGACCUUGAUUGGCUUUCUAUUGUGUUUGAACAUGUACAUCUUUUUUUUUCCUGCCAAAUAUCUCUGGAAAUUGCACCUUAUCAUGUUAACAGAUGCCUACUGCGUUUGUUAUCUUCAGAUACGCAUUUGACUAGUGCUGUCCUUCCCAACCACUUACAAGUUUCACCUUGACUGUGUUUAGUCUUUAUGGGUGCAUAUGAGUAGAGCCACAAACUUGCAUAAACAUCUCUCCACUCUCUGCUUUAAUGAAGUCUUUCUCAUAUUUGCUUGGGACACUCACUAGUUUUAAACCAUCCAGUACUACCUAACCAUAUACCAAACCCACAAAAUACUGUAUCUAGGAAAAUACACGUGUGGGGUUUCCGAGAUAACUUUGCUAAAAUGUUGUUCUCCCUUUCCAUUGUCUGAACACUAUUAAUUUGCUGAUCAGUGUUACGUUUAAAUACAUUUUGGAAAUGUAUUUGGAUCAUGCAUUUAACAUGCCUGUUUUUUCCUUUUAAAUGUAGGAAAUUUAAAACAACUCUGUAUUUAUGUGGCUAAAAAUGUGCUUUGUAUUUUGUAUCAGUGACCCCAAAUUCUGCCACUUGUAUAAAUAUGAAAUAUAUUGCUCUGCAUAAAUUGAUACCACAACAUGCUAUGCCCAUUGUAUAGAGCUAGGUCCUUAUUUCCUUGCAAUGUAUUACAGUGUAAUUUCUGUAAAAGCAAUAUAAAACAACUUUAUGAAAUAUAUUGUUGCUUGGAAUGUC